AUGGCAGCAUCAUCAGGGUACAGUCUUAGCACCGCAAGUAAUGCUAACGUUACUCAUUUCAAUGUAAAAUCAACUGGACCAUCAAGUUCAUUUCUUUCUUCUGAAGAAGGGCAGUCAACUCCAUAUCUUACUGGCCCAUCUGCCAAGAGGUCGUGUCCUCUUUCAACAUCAGGGGUAGACACUCCACAGACAGAUGCAAAUAACACAUCUGGUCAGCUCAACCAUAGUUUCAGAUCUUUCAACCGAAAUUCAAGGACUCCAAAGUUGAAAAGAACACCAAGAGCGUCCACGCCUCAGACAGACCACACAACGGUGACUGGCUCCUCUGCAACAUCAACCAAUGCUGUGUCAGUGAUCGUCGCUGUGGUGGAAGGGCGAGGUUUGGCUAGGGGUGAAAUUGGCAUGGCAAGCAUUAAUCUGAAAUGUCCGGAACUUAUACUAUCACAGUUUGCAGACACUGGUACCUAUGCAAAGGUGGUAACCAAACUCCACAUCUUGAUGCCUUUGGAGAUUUUGAUGCCAGACACAGUCAGUGAAAAGGGCAAAGGCACAAAGCUGUAUAACCUAAUCACAGAAAACUUUCAGAAUGUGACUCUUACCACUGUACAGAGGAAAUAUUUUAACGAGAGAAAAGGUUUUGAGUACAUCCAGCAACUUAGUGCUCCAGAAAUAAGCUCAGUUUUCAUGGAAGUUCAAACUAAGUACUACUGUCUUGCCGCAUCGGCCGCGCUUCUGAAGUACUUUGAAUUCGUUCAAAAUUCCAUUUAUGCCCCACGAUCCCUAAAAGUGAGUUUCCAAGGCAGUGACCAGACAGCUAUGAUAGACUCAGCCUCUGCCAGCAACCUGGAGUUGGUGGUCAACAACAGAGAUCACCGGAGCAACCAUUGUCUGCUGGGUGUGCUGAACUACACGAAAACGCCAGGAGGGGAGCGCAGACUUCGAUCCAACAUUCUGGAGCCUCUCGUGGAUGUGGACACCAUCAAUAUCCGUCUAGACACGUUACAGGAAUUCCUAGAGGACGAAGAGCUUUUUUUUGGCCUGAAAAAUGCCAUCUCACACUUCCUGGACAUAGAUCAGCUGCUGUCUGUCCUCAUCCAGAUUCCAAAACAGGAGACGGUCCAGGUAGCUGAGGCCAAGAUCACCCAUGUGAUUCAGUUAAAGCACACUCUGGAACUGGUGGCGCCUCUGAGGGCGGUCCUAAGGAACUGCAAAACAGCACUGCUAACUGCUUAUUCCACUAUGCUGGAGGACAACAGAUUUGAACUCAUUCUGGAGCAGAUCAAGACAGUGAUCAAUGAGGACGUCAACUACACCAAUGGCAGUCUGAACAUGCGCACGCAGAAGUGCUACGCGGUGCGGCCGAACAUCAACGAAUUCUUGGAUAUCGCCCGCAGAGCAUACACCGAAAUUGUUGAUGACAUUGCAGGACUAGUGGAUCAGGUGGGGGAGAAGUACAGUCUUCCCCUGCGGACCAGCUUCAGCACGGCCCGAGGAUUCUACAUCCAGAUGAGGCUGGAGGCUGGCGUCACUCUGCCAGGAGGGCAGAUGCCCACUGAGUUCAUAAAGGUUACCAAGUACAAGAACAACUACAGCUUCACAAUAGCAGAUCUGAUACGAAUGAAUGACCGCUGCGAUGAGGCCUUGCGUGAGAUCUACCACAUGUCUUACGUGGUGGUGUGUAAGUUGUUGACUAUUGUGACUGAACACAUCCACUGCCUGUAUAAGCUGUCUGAUGCUGUGUCCAUGCUUGACAUGCUGCUAUCGCUAGCUAACGCUUGCACAGUCUCUAAGUACGUGCGUCCUGAGUUUACUGACACUCUUGCUAUCAAGCAUGGUCGUCACCCCAUUCUGGAGCAUAUUGUCGGACAGCAGCCUGUCUCCAACAACAGCUACAUCUCCGAGGGCAGCAACUUCAUCAUCCUCACAGGCCCCAACAUGAGUGGCAAAUCCACUUACUUGAAGCAAGUAGCUCUCUGCCAGGUGAUGGCUCAGAUCGGAUCAUUUGUACCUGCUGAGUAUGCCUCAUUUCGCAUUGCGGACCAAAUCUUCACAAGAAUUGGAGUUGAUGACGAUCUUGAGACUAACUCAUCCACAUUUAUGGUGGAGAUGAAAGAGGUUGCGUAUAUAAUCCACAACGUGAGUCAUCGUUCGCUCAUCAUUAUUGAUGAGUUGGGGCGGGGCACCAGUGCAGAGGAAGGAGUCGGAAUCUGUCAUGCAAUCUGUGAAUUCCUGCUGAACAUGAAGGCGUUCACUCUGUUUGCCACACACUUCAUGGAGUUGUGCCAGCUGCAGACGCUAUAUCCGAAUGUGGAGAACCAGCACAUGCAGGUGCAGCACACCCAGGCAGAGGGCAGUGAGCGCGUGCUGUACACCUACCUGCUCAGCCGCGGGCAGUCCGAGGAGAGGAACUAUGGUAUCAGAGCAGCAGAAAUGACUGCUUUGCCGAGGACCAUAAUUCAGCAGGCCAAAGCAAUCGCUGCUAAAGUCAACCAGAAGUUAUGGGCCAAACAGCACAGUGAUCCUGACACUGUUCGUCAGCGAGCUGUCUACCACCUUGCCACGCGGCUCAUCCAGACAGCACGCAAUUCUCAGUUGGAUCCAGACAGUCUUCGACUAUAUGUACAGGGGCUCAAGAAACAAUAUGAGGAUGAGCUACAAAUAGCCUCAGAAACUGCUGUUAUAUAUACUGAAGAAUGAGAGAGAGAGAGAGGGAGACAGAGAGAGAGAGAGACAGACAGAGAGAGAGAGACAGACAGAGACAGAGACUAUGUCUGAGAAAGCAAACAAACAAAAAUAUGGACAGUAUUGUUGAACAGCCUUUUUGUCAAAUCAAAACAAAUGUCCUAAUGCAUCUAUAUCCCUUUUUUUCUUUAGAGAAGAAGGUUAUUUAUUUUCAGAGAUUUCUAUAAAUUGCAUUAGUGACUA